CAAGGGACGUGGCUCAGUGUGAAAUAUCCACCAAGCUUCCUGAAGGACUCUGAGAUGACAAUAGGGAGAAUGGAGAAUGUGGAGGUCUUCACUUCUGAGGGCAAGGGCAGGGGUCUGAAGGCCACUAAGGAGUUCUGGGCUGCGGAUGUCAUCUUCGCCGAGCGGGCUUAUUCUGCAGUGGUUUUUGACAGCCUGGUUAACUUUGUGUGCCAUACCUGCUUCAAGAGGCAGGAGAAGCUCCAUCGCUGUGGACAGUGCAAGUUUGCCCACUACUGUGACCGCACCUGCCAGAAGGAUGCUUGGCUGAACCACAAGAAUGAGUGUUCAGCCAUCAAGAGAUAUGGAAAGGUGCCCAAUGAGAACAUCAGACUGGCGGCCCGCAUCAUGUGGCGGGUGGAGAGAGAGGGCACCGGGCUCACAGAGGGCUGCCUGGUCGCUGUGGAUGACCUGCAGAACCACGUGGAACACUUUGGGGAGGAGGAGCAAAAGGAGCUGCGGGUGGACGUGGACACUUUCUUGCAGUACUGGCCUCCCCAGAGCCAGCAGUUCAGCAUGCAGUACAUCUCACACAUCUUCGGAGUGAUUAGCUGCAAUGGCUUCACGCUCAGUGACCAGAGAGGCCUGCAGGCAGUGGGCGUGGGCAUCUUCCCCAACCUGGGCUUGGUGAACCACGACUGUUGGCCCAACUGCACCGUCAUAUUUAACAAUGGCAAUCAUGAGGCAGUGAAAUCCAUGUUUCACACCCAGAUGAGAAUUGAGCUCCGGGCCCUGGGCAAGAUCUCAGAAGGAGAGGAGCUGACAGUGUCCUAUAUCGACUUCCUUAAUGUCAGCGAAGAGCGCAAGAAGCAGCUGAAGAAGCAGUACUACUUUGACUGCACGUGUGAGCACUGCCAAAAAAAGCUGAAGGAUGACCUGUUUCUGGGGGUCAAAGAUGACCCAAAGCCAUCUCAGGAGGUGGUAAAGGAGAUGAUACAGUUCUCCAAGGAUACACUGGAAAAAAUUGACAAGGCUCGCUCUGAGGGUCUGUACCAUGAGGUUGUGAAAUUAUGCCGGGAGUGCCUGCAGAAGCAGGAGCCAGUGUUUGCCGACACCAACCUCUACACGCUGCGGAUGCUGAGCACUGUUUCCGAGGUCCUCUCCUACCUCCAGGCCUUUGAGGAGGCCUCGUACUACGCCAGGAGGAUGGUGGAUGGCUAUAUGAAGCUCUACCACCCCAACAAUGCCCAACUGGGCAUGGCCGUGAUGCGGGCAGGGCUGACCAACUGGCAUGCUGGCAACAUUGAGGUGGGGCACGGGAUGAUCUGCAAAGCCUACGCCAUUCUCUUGGUGACACAUGGACCCUCCCACCCAAUCACCAAGGACUUAGAGGCCAUGCGGGUGCAGACGGAGAUGGAGCUGCGCAUGUUCCGCCAGAACGAGUUCAUGUACCACAGGAUGCGCGAGGCUGCCCUGAACAACCAACCCAUGCAGGUCAUGGCUGAGCCCAGCAAUGAGCCAGCCCCAGCUCUGUUCCAUAAGAAAGCAAUGAGGACCUGUCUGGUGGGGAGGGGCAUCGUGGCUAGGGAACGGGGGGAACCAUUCUGGAGGUAGUGGGUUUCUGGGAAGACCCUUGAUGAGGAAGGCAGAAUAAUGUUCACUCUUUUUGCUCUGGGAAUGUACUGUUCUGUAUUCCUCAGUUCAUUUUGGUUCAUUUAAACUUAGUUCAAUUCCCAAUUGAACUCUAUCCCAGCCCAGCCUAGCCCAACUUACCCUACAAAUAUUUAUUGGGUCAAAGGCCCUAGGGAUAAAGAAACUUCAAUUGUAGUUGGGGAGGCAAACUGUAAACAAUUAAAGCACAGUAUAAUAAAUACAAUGGUAAACUCUAUAGGGGGGUGCAGUGACGGGUAUAUGUCUGGUAUGUGGGGGUGGUGUGUAUGCAUUGGGAAGUGUGUCAUGGAGGAGAUGACAUUUGAGCUGGGGGUAGCAAGUGCCUGGAGUCUCAGAUGGCUGCUCACCUAUCUGUGCAUAUCUCUGGGACUGCUGGUCUUACUCAUGGUCUAGAAGACUCCGGUCUUAUCUGACGAGGAUGGGUGAUGUUCAAUUUCCUCAGAUUAGCGUGGAAUUAUGAAGAAGGGUUUGGACCAUUUAGGUUCUACUCAGAGAACCAAAACCUCUUAGUAAAUAUGACAAUGAGGUGAAUAUGCAGAAAGAGGUGGGGCUUUGCCCUAGCCACUUGAGGCCUCAGUUUAAGGUCUGGAUUCCAAGUAUUAUUCGGAAACUAUUUCUAAAACACCCAGGAGGCGUCUCCUUCCCCCACCCUCACUGCCAAGCCUUGAUUCCCUGUGAUGUGGGUGCCACUUGGAUGGUAUCUGAGAUUUUCCUGGCCAUUGGCCAACCAGGAUUGAAGUCUUAGCAGGAUGAAGCUGAGGGAGAAACUUGGAAACAUGCACACCUGAUGGUCCUGGGUUCAGCAGAAUUGGUUUUAGGGAAUUUUAUUUGGUUCCAUGUGCCUGGAUGGUCUUUACCAGCUUAGAUGUCAUCAUUGGCCCCCAGUAAAUUUCUGUUCUUAGUAAGGAAUAAUUAUGAUUUCCUUUGCUUAAUUUCUUUCACUGCCCAUGCCCUGGGACCUCUGCUCUUCUCACCAGGAGGAAUGUCUAAUCCAGACUCCACACGCCUAGGUUAGGAUCUCCUUGGGAAUGUGACGACGAACUUGCCAUCACGUCCUGGGAGGUUGCUGUGGUUUCCACCCAAGAGUGAGGAUCUUGGAAUCAGCCAAUCUAGUUGUCCUGUUAUCUUCUGGAGUUCUAAAAUUCUCUCCAAUGUUUUAGGGGAAUCCUGGAGCAAAGCUAUCCAUUUGGGGGUGUCACCAAGUCUUCCAUACCAUCUGGGGCCACCGUUGACCACAGAGCUCUAGCUACCAUCUUGAAGUGAUCCCACCAAGCUCCAUAUUUAUCAUCUCUGCCUAAAGUGUUAGCUCCUCCAACCACCCCCUUCAUCCUCAGAACCAUCUGCGGCCUCCCUCUUAACCUCUCCAAUGGCUCUGCAAAUGUGCCAAAAAUUGACCCAAAGCUCUGUGAAUGUCCUACCUCUUGGCAGAAUACUCAUACCUGGCAUUCAGCUCUUCUUCAAGGAUACCCCCUUCUCUAGAAGCUUUCACAGGAAGACUGACAGUCUUCUAAGCCUUCAUACUAAUAGGCCUAGAGAUGGCACCAGCAAUCUCCCAGGAACCCAAUGCACAUUCAAAUGAUCACUCUCCUGCCCUCCUAUAAAACCUCCCCCCAAGCCUCUUCCCUUCUCUGUCACUGUCCUCUGCCAUUCCGCCCGUCAUUCUCCCAUAUUCAUGGUCUCAUUUUCCAUCCCCUCUGCCUCAAAUUUGGUGCCUUCAAUGUCCACUUAAAAAAUCAUCUAAUCCUCUUGCUUCACAGAUUCUCAAUUUACUCAAUGACAGAUGUCUUUCCAGUUUCUUCACUAAUACCCUCUCCUGGUCAUAAUUUCUCCAUUUUUCAUGUCUAACUUUCUGGGCAUUGCUUCCUACCUUUUCACCUCUCUGUCUUUUUUCUCCACCCCAGAUUACUAGAUGACAUCAUGUAUCCUCUAGUGUUUCACCCUCCUCCUGUCUUUACUUCCUUUCAGAUAAGCCAGUUCAUGAGCCCUCCUUCCGAUCUGCCUAUUCUCCCUUCCUGCCUGGCAGAGUGCCAACCCUGGGUUCAUGCAGCUGUCUUGUUUUCCCUGUGUUGCUCCAGGAGAUGCUAAGCACAGCCUGGGAGAGCAGUACCUCUCUGAACACAGGCACUUCUGCAGACUCUUUGCCAACCUCAGCUGGCCUUUGGGCACAGCCCAGAAGUGUUUCAUGUGCCCCUCAUUGGUUUUCUCUCCCUUUUGCCCAGUAGCAAUUUCAGGCCUUCACUCCUGUCCUCCAGUCUUUGGCUUUCAGCAGAAGCUCAUUUCCUGCUUCAUAGAGAAACAGAGGUCAGAAGAUGGGACGCCCUCAAUCCUCUUCCCACAUUCAUGCACGUCUUGUCUGUGCUUGACCUUUUCCUCCUUCUCACACCAGUGAAAUGGGAACCCCUCUCCUCCCACAAAGCUAACUCUCCACCUGUGCUCUGGACCCCUUUCCCUCUGAUGUCCUUGGGGCCUUGCUUCACCUCUAAUUCCCUCCCCACCUUGGAUCCUUGACAUUCCUCCAUCUGCUGCCAUCUUCAUCAACAAACAUGCUGAGGAUUCUUGGAUCAUAAUCUUCACAGCUGAGUAUUUUUUUUAAAGGACUUGUCCCUCAUAGUUAUUAUCUGCCUUUCUUCACUUUCUUCAAUUUCUUCCUGAACACACUGCAGGCUGGCUUCCUGAACUCCACUAAAAUGGCUCAUACAAGGUCAACUCUGGUGGGUAGCUUUUAGUCCGCAUGUUAUUUCGCUUCUCUGCAUCAGUUGACACUCCCAGCCCUUGAUUUCUGGAUAUCAUGUCCUUGUGAUGAUCCUCUGAUGUAUGUGGUUUCCCCAUCUUCUUCCCUAACCCUGUUUCUCUACCUGCCCCCGAUACAUUGGCGUUUCCUGGGGUUGUCUUUGUUCCUUCUGGUCACUCUUGGUUCAUUCUCAUCUCACUCUGCACAUACUCCCUGCAUGAGCCCAGCCAGGCCCUUUGUUUAAUCACCACCUUGAGUCUGAUAUUCUUAACUCUAUAUUCCCAGACCUUAUUCUUGAGCUCCAGCCCCACAUGCUCUCUCGAAUGUUCUCCAGGCACAUCACACUCAGCACAUCCAAAAUGAAACUUUCUCUUUCCCUUGUCCCCUCCCCCACAUCUGUCCCUCAGCACACCACCCAAGAACACUUGACUUCUGCUCUAGUAAACUCACUUCCACUGCAUCCUAGACAUCAGUCAAACCCGCUCACUCAUGGGUCCCUGAGUGACUCACGUUCUCCUGUGCCUCUCGAAUUUUAAACAUUCUGUCUAAAAUCUGAAACCUGUCAACUCAUUCAUCUUUAAACAUCCAGUGAGGAAAACACCCCUUCUGUGAAGCCUUUCCCGAAUGCCUUAGAUUCUGCUGGCUCCCUGUCUGAGUCUCUCACAUCACCCUCGAACCCCCCACCAGAGCACUCUCCUCAUGACAUUAUAAUUGCCUUUUACUUGUCUGCCUCCUCCACCAGAUUGUGAGCAGGAGCUGUGUCCCUUUAUUUAUCUUUCUAUCCCCAGAACCUAGCCUGGGUCCUGGAACAUAGUAGGUGCUCAGUUAAUGUGUGUUGAAUGAAUGAAUAAUGAAUUUGCUUAUCUCAGAGCAGAAGAGACUUGAAACUGCAUCUUUUGAGUUUUUAUGUUACAGCAGUCAACAAAGGCCAUUAAAUCGUCUGUAUU